AUUGCUAUGGUAACCGUUAAACAAGAUGGCGGACGGCGAGGCCGGGUUGACGGAAGACCUACCGCUGGAGUCGCAGACCAGCGAGCCUCUGCUGGAGGGGGCGCUUUCUGGAGACGAUCUCGAGGGAGCCGGAGAGGAAGAUAAUGGAGACCUCAGCUGCGGGUCCGGAUUCGGCUCGGAGCUGGCCGCUGGGACCAGCACGGGUCGCGGUGAGGGAGAACACCUCGCGGACAACUUGUCUGACGGCUCGGACGGCGCGUGGGACACCGACAUUGACACAGAAGGUCAAUACGCAUCUCCCUGCAAUGAUAGAAGAUGCAACUUGUAUGGGUAUGAUGAUGAGAAGGAAGAGUACGAUGCUACCGGGGGCGCUGCGUACCGCAAAUGUUGCGAGAUCCUGGGUAUCAUUCCUGUGUCUCAUCUACUGAGGGAUCUCCAGAACAACGUGACCAGCGUCAGUCUGCGGCACCACGGGCUGGGGCCCAAGGGAGCCAAGGCCGUGUCUGCUGCACUUGCUUCUAACACUUGUGUGACGCACCUUGAUCUGAGUGACUGUGGAUUGGGGACUGAGGGAGCUGUGGCCAUUACCACCAUGUUCAAGGAAAACUGCUACAUUACCCACCUGGAUCUGUCAGACAACCAGAUAGAAGCUGCAGGGGCUCUGGCAGUGGCUGGCAUGUUGGAAUCUAACAACACACUGACUCAUCUCUCUCUCAGAGGAAGUGACUUCAAUGAUAAGGCAGCGGAGCCCAUCAGUGAAGUGAUCAAGACCAGUUACCAGAUCUCGUACCUUGACCUCAGCCACAACCAGUUUGGAGAGGCUGCAGGGGUUCUCUUGGGGGAGGCACUCAGUGAGAGUGAAGUGCUGCAGACACUAAACCUCAGUUGGAACAACAUACGCAGAAAGGGAGCAGUAGCUCUGGCCAACGGACUCAAGGUGAACCAGAUGCUGAAGGUAUUGAAUCUCUCUCACAACGGACUGGGGGAUGAGGGAGCAACUGCUCUGGUUGAGGCUCUCAAGAUCAACACAACUCUCUCUGAAUUAGACAUCAGUGCAAACAGGUUUUUACAAGCUACUGCCAGUCUCUUUGCAACCAAAGUCCUUCCAGUCUGUGAGACACUGAAGGUUCUUAGGAUGGGAAAGAACUCGAUGCAGAAGGUUUAUCCCGAGAGCACUCAACCAGUGGGAGAUGUGGCAAGCCUCCUCGAAGCUGCCUCCUCUUCUUCCCUCACUCUCCUGGACCUGUCAGGAUAUACGUUCACUCUCGCGAUGGCCGACAAGGUGAUCGAGAUGGAGGAGAAGAGACCUGACCUGACGGUGAUCUACGGAGGUACUGGCGGCUACAGCAAGACCAAGCCUCUCACUCCGCCACUGGAAAAACUGGUGAAGUAUGCGGAGGAGCAUUCUCUGGUUCUGGAGGACCUGUUCAGGUCGUUUGACAAGGAGGAGACCGGACAGCUCUCUGGGGAGAUGUUCAAGAGCUCCCUAAAGCACAUUCAGGCACCAUUGCUGGGUUUCGAAAGACAAAAACUGAUCAAGGAAUUUGGCAAGACGGAGGCAACGGAAGAGACCAGUACCAUUGACUACAUGGCUCUUGUGCAAGCAGCCACUUCCACCAGAGACACCCAGUGACGUCAUCAGUAAAACGUUUCUGCAGUUCUGUUUCUUGUUGCAAUCACAUCCUACACACAAUAAUUGAAAGGGUCAGAGUGUCAAUAGGUUGUUUGAGCCCAAAAAAUAUAUAAGGUUGAAAAAUUGCCAACCUUUCAUCUCUCUAUUAAUCUUCGUAUUACCCAUGGAUUGUUUAGUGCAAACAAAAAAAACCAAAAAAAACAACCUAAGGUUGAAAAAAAGUAAAAAAACGGCCAGCCCUUCAUCUCUCCAGACAGACGUCUACGGACACAGUGCUAUGCCGAACUAUACGCUGCCCUUUGAGAAACGUGGGUCAGUGGUAGAUUUGUGGGUAAGGGGAGGAACCAGAGCUGUUCCCAGCCAAUGCUCUGGACCACCUGACACUUUAGUGCGGGAUCG